GACUAAUUCAUUUGCCACAUCCCGAGUAGUGCACAUGCGCUAUUGUGUCAUCUAGUAUGGCGGCGACCAUGUAUCCGAGACGCAGUGGCAGGCGUCCAAAAGGUCGCCAUGAUAGCGGAGACGCGGAUGUGCCACUUGAUUUAGACAAAGAGCCGGCCGACAACGUGCGUGACAUCCUUGUUCACGUCGUGCAAGAGCGCAACAUCAACAGGGGCAGGCGGGUGGCCUAUCUCAAUAACUUUGUUAAGGUCAUCAACCAUGUGUCCAGUAUUGAGAAGCUGGGGCAUCCUAUUAUGGAGAUGGUUGGCUGCUUGAGGUUGUCUCUCCUUCACAGCACCAAGGAGGUGCGUAGUGCAGGCAUCCGAGCGCUGCGUUACCUCCUGCAAGACGAGGCGGCCGUCGAGGCUAUGAUGAGACUACACAUAGACUACCUGGUCAUGAGGUCACUGGACAUCUGUCUAGCCAAUGACAUAGAGAGGGUCCAGGCCCUACGAUUCAUCCGAAGGAUAAUUGCGGUGGCCCCAUCUUUGUGCCCGAUCUCUCUGGUCCACACGCUGGUUGCCAUCGCCAACGACGGCAUGAAGGAGAGAGACAGGAUGGUGCGUCCCUCCUUGGAGACGCUGAGCGAACUGGCAAUAAAGAGCACGGAGGUGUUUGCGGCAGCAGGCGGCCUGUCGGCGCUGAUCAUGAACAUACUGGACACGCAGCAUCUACGCAUCAACGAGGCUAUCAUGCUAACAGUGUUGCACCUACUCAACCAUCCGCACACCAGAAAGUACAUCAGACUCAAUGUGGAUAUAGAGCAAGUAAUAGCGCCAUACACUGACUGUCACUACAGGCACAACGGAGACAACAAUGAACAGACAAAUGAGGAGAAAGAGAUGCGGUAUUGUGCCAGCCGCAUGGCUAUCGUAACACUCAUCAGGUCUUGGCCAGGAAUGAUACGACUUUGUCGGCCAGAAGCGAGUGGGCUCCAGUCACUCAUGUCCAUCCUGUGCAUACCCAAUGAAGUGCAUCGGAAAUAUCUCCUACAAGUUCUGUUUGAUAUCUUCUACAUCCCCAUACCAGAGUGGACUGACGACUUUGAUGUUGCCCUACAAAGUAUAGAUCGCUACGAGAUGCAGCCGCCGUGGCAACUGAGCGAAGGCUUCGUCGCCGAGGAAGGCAAAGCAAUCUUACCCCACCGCGCUGCCACGAGAACCAACCUAACAGAGAACCACCUAGCUCUCAUACUGCUUGCAUUCACUAACGCUGGACUGCUGGAGAGCAUUGUGGAGGUGAUCUCGUCAGGUAGUGAACACCUAUCCAACAUGGCUACUAUACUGCUUGGGGAGCUGCUACAUAUGGCGGAUCGUCUUCUACCCUCAGAAUGUGAGCAGCACCAUCACUGCCUCCCAACUCUCAUGAUCCUAGCAGCGUCAUGUGAUGUCCCUGUGCUUCAAAGAAAUCGUGCAAGUGCCGCCAUUACGCACCUAGACCGACUCCACGAGUUGAACAAGAGAGGGCCCGUCCCCUGCAGCCUGUUCCUGAGUUUCAUCAUGAGCCGAUCGGAGACGUUCAUGGCCGAGAGAAAAUCCAAGCUCAACCGGGACAAGAUGAAACAGUGCAUGAAUAAGGACACAGAUGAUAUCAGCACCCAGGCCAGUAUAAAAGAGACGCAGGUUCUGUCCGGUAAGGACCACACCUUCUGGAACUGGGACCUCAUCAGCUGUAUAAUCAAGAAAGGAGGACCCUGCCUAAGAAAAUUUGAAGAUGCUAAUAUAAGUAGGUUUUUCCGACGGUUAGUGGAGUUCUACAAACCCACCAGUAAGCAGUUCUCAAGCGUCGAGUUACCCAAGUCGCUAGUCAGGCCCCCCAGUCUACAGAUGCACACCCUCAUUGGCUGUCAACUCGUUGAGUUCCUUUUUGACGGAGACGAGAGUGAAGCCCAGUUCCUUCUCCGAGACCUGGCCCAGGAUAUUGCCGACUGCUUCCUGGAGAUCAACAUGGUCCCCAACAACAACAUCCCUCCAGAGGCAGUCUUCAGCCCCAUCAGCAUCCAGACCACGCUCAGUCAGGACUACUUCCUCUUCAUCGGCAAGAUCUGCCACUCCUCCAAGGGCGAAAAACUCAUGGAGAAGACCGGCAUGUUCCAGUACAUUCUGGACCUGUGUUCCUCCAAGGGUCCCGAGGUGCUGCAGAAGCUCAUCACAACUUGCCUGAACUGUAGCAGGGAAGGCCUGGGUAGAACCAUCCUCAGUAAACUACUCACCUCAACCUCAGAGUCCAUGCGCUUGUACGCCACGGGUCACCUGAGGGUCCAACUCCGCGCCCAGAUCCCAUUCUUCCAAAACUGGGGCAUGGAGAUGCUGGUCACGCAGCUCUACGACAAGAGCUCCACGGUGGCAUCGGAAGCCGUCGAGAUCAUCGAAGAGGCUUGCGAGGAUGACACUAACCUGCAUAGCUUGGUGCAGAUCAGGCCCUCGUUGCUGCACAUGGGCGACAGAGGGGUGCUCCUCCUAACAAGGUUUCUGUCGACGCCCAAGGGCUUCAAGUAUCUCUCAGAAGUCAACUUUGUCACCCACGAGUUGGAGAAAUGGCGCUCGGUCUACAACCGCAAGUACGUCACGCUGGUGGAGACGGAAAUCAACGAGGCGUUCACGUGCUACCAGAAGCCAGUCUACGAGGGCGGCUUUGUGCGACGGUCGCAAAACGAGAAACGAAAACGACGAGACGUCUACGUGCCCGUUCAUCUGUACGGCCAGCUGGUGCAGCAUAGAGGGGGCUCAGAGACACUGGAAAAACAGCAACACCUUCAUACGUUAUGUGACAUCGUUCGGUACGGAGACAUCAGUAGUUACUCCAGCAUUCUCAGUCUUAAAGCUGCUCUGUGGGCGCUGGGUCACACAGGCACUGCCUCGUAUGGACUCCAGUUACUGUCAUCGGAAUCUAUUGUACCUGAUAUCAUCCGACUGGCAGAAGAAUGUGAAGUCUUCUCAGUGAGAGGAACUUGCUUCUAUGUGCUGGGCCUCUUCUCCAAGACUCGUCCGGGUGCCGACCUCCUGAGCUCCCUUGGUUGGGAGAGCGUUCGCCACACCCGCAUGGCCUACUUCCCAGUCCUGGAAGAGAGGAACAACAUCUUCGACGAGUUGGGCCGGUUUACAGACCCCACGGGCCCGCUGGCCUCCCCCUACUCCACCAUGAGUGAGUCAACCUACACCCUGGACAGCCCCAAAAUGGAAUUGGCGGAGAAGCUCCCCGAGCUUGAGAGUCCGAAGUUAGUUGUCGAGAACGAUCCGGACGGGAAGAAUGUGUUUUUUGUUAGCGGGGAGGUGAGUCCUUACCGGAGCGCCAGCCCACAGCCGGGUUUCUCGGAGGAGGAGGAGGAGGAGGAAGGGGACCAGCAGUAUGUCACGGACGAGAAGUCACCAUCCCUGGCUCCUCCUGUCCAGAGGAUUGGGAGGAGGGACCGGACUAAAUCCAGCCCCACGAAAAUGUUGGCUGUGGAGCACAGGACUCGCAUGAGCUCCAGUGAGGUGGAGAUGAGGACUCGAGGCAUCAGCGCGGACAUUGUGGUGCGGACGCGGUCGGGCUCCCACAGCGACCUGCCGCAGCGGACGCCCAACCACGACAAUGCAAGAUACGCCAAAUAUGCAACCAUCGGGCACACGGGGGCCCUGCCGCGCAGCAGCAUCCUGCGCCGUGUGGCCACCAUGCCCGCGAUGGAGGAGCCCGGUAACGGCCAGCGGAAGAACGGCCAACGGCUGACCAAGCUCCGCAGCAACAGCGACGCCAGCUCCAAGCCGCACCGCUCGGCCUCCCCCAACCCCAACAUGGCCCGCUUCCAGUCGCAGAGCACCCCGGAGAGGCUCCGGGCGCAUUCCAUGCGGGAGCGGACGUUCAACCGGCGCUGCGACAGCAAUGAGAGCGGACGCAGCAGCUUCGGGACGAAGAGUCGCAGUGAGAGCUUUGCCACAGACACCACCCAGACCAGUGGAAUCAGCUCCCUCCACUCUAACCCCAACAGCCCGCCGCCGGAAUCCUCCAACUCCAGCGUCAACACCAUCACCAGCAGCCAGACCGUGAAAGGGAUCCACUCUUCCGACACGCUGCGACGGAAGCACAAUUUGAACCGGACUCCAAGCUUCAUGAGGCGGCUGUCCAAGACCGUCUCCUCCAGCUUCAACACGCCGUAUUCCAAUGUGUUGGAAACGAGUGCCGUGUUCACGACCAGUCGCGACGCUCAUGGCUAUGCAGCCCUGAAGGCAUUGCGUAUUCAUCGUCAGGUGUCGGGGGACCCAUCAAGUCAAAAUACCCCGAGACCGGCAUCUAUAGGUAGCCAUGAUGAACUGGCCUAUCAUGUGCAGGAGAGGAAGAAAGGACUCUUAGUUGACGGGACGGUGAGCAUCAACUCACUGGACGUCAUACUAGGGAUGCCCAAGCCACGCUCCAACACACAGACUCUCUCCCAGUCACAUGGCGGAGAGUACCUCGGGCUGUGCCUGCCGGUCGACGUCAGUCUCAUAUUUCAUACUGAUGAGAGUCAGUACCGCGGUGGACGCCGCCCACCGUCCCGUACCUCCUCCAACACCUCGGGCUUCCAGGAGUUCUCCUGCCUGGACCCCUCAGCGCUGAUCCCCGACGGCCGGCUCCGUCACGAGGAACGCCACCGGCAGGCCGACUCGGACAGCGACUCGGACAAUCCGAUGGAGCCCUCGGAUAUCUCCCGUUUCGCCGAGCCCCCCGUAGACGCUAGCUACGACACGCAGAGCGACUAUCGGGGACGCAAGGGGAGCGGCGCGGCGCGAGCCGAGGUGGAAUUCACGGAGGACACCAAGCAUCAGGCUGAACACUGCCUGCUGUGCACUAAAAUGAGGGCGCGCAGCACCUAUGAAGCUGAUGAAGAAGAAGAUGACCGGCUGCGGUCCAUCAGCGAGGCCGACAGCAACCUGCCCCCAACCCGACCCCGCCUGCGCGGCUCCAGCGCGGCCAGCGGACGCUACACGCCAAACAGCGCCGACAUGUCGUCGACUAGCACCGGCAGCGGCCACAGCAGCUCUGAUUCCAACCAAUCCAGCCGCAUGCGACAGGACACGCCGAAGGGCCGCGCCAUGAUCCGGAAAGAGGUCUUGCGUCUCGUCAUCAACUUAGGUAGCUCUGUUGGGAUGAAGGCACAAGAGCAAGGACUGUUGAGCUUGAAAGAGAAAUUCCCGUCCACAUUUGAGAAUGUCUGCCUGUAUUCUGACGUGGCGUACCUUCUCAGCAACUGUAGCUAUCGCCUGUCGGCCCGACGCUUCAUUCAGGAGCUAUUCCAAGAUCUGAAAUACUCAUUGUUGUUUGAGGAAGCCAAAGAGAUCCAGGGAGUUGUGGAGGCAGGCAAACAGCUGGAAGAAACGAGUAACGUUUUGUCCGUCGUCUGCCAAUAAUCAGGAUUUCAUUGUUUACAAAUUUAUACAAUUUUGGUGUACAUCUUUCUAGCACCAGCUGGGUUAGGAUAGGUGAGACUGGUAGCCCAGCUUUCUGGCCUCUGCUUGAAUGGCAAGGUGUUGUUAACUGGUAACCGGGAGCCGAUUUUGUAUAACUGCUAAGUAGAAAAUGGUGCUUAGCAUAUUUUUGUGUUAAGGCAAAAUCAGCCGGGAACCAGUUACAAGCUGUAUAAAUCAAAUGGCAUUUUGGUUGGUAACCUGUUUUUGCUAAGCAACUAUUUUCUUUGCUUAUUGGUGACCUCGCCUGAAAUUGAGCCACGGCCUCAAAAUUGUAGCCAGCAAGGGCCAAUUUUAUUUCUGCUUUCCUUAAAAAGGCCAUGAGAUUGAUUUUUCUGAGGAACACAUUUUGUGCAACUUUCUACUCCUCUUAAAUAUAUGAAAACCAUUUGACAUCCCUUUUUGGUUAAUUUUAUUGAAAAGUGCACUACUUUAAAGCAUUAAAAUAGUUUCCAUGCUUUUCCGGACAACUGAGGGCGUUGUUGCUGUGAUGUUAUUUCAGGAAGACACCGUUCAGUUUAGGGGUUUUCUGUUCAAAUUGUGAACCAAAAAAUGUGCUCAUUGAAAACAGUUGUGAGAAAAGUUUGCUCAUUGGGUUACUGCCAUGUACUGACACGAAUGUACUGACACGAUAACCAGUCACGAAAGAAAAGAAAACUUUACGACAGCAAAAAAUCCAAAAUU